AUGGGAGCGCAGUCGAAACCCGAGAUUUCGGCCUGGGCCCGCGCGUCGGCAGGAGCUACGGGAGCUGUCCUCGCCAACGCCUUGGUAUACCCUCUGGAUAUUGUUAAGACCAGGCUUCAAGUGCAAGUUCGCCAAGACAAGACCUCGUUCGACUCGGACAGUCCGCAUUACACAUCAACUUGGGAUGCAAUUUCGCGAAUCAUGGCAGACGACGGAAUUCAGGGCUUGUAUGCUGGCAUAAAUGGUUCCCUUAUCGGUGUCGCAUCAACAAACUUUGCAUACUUCUAUUGGUAUACCGUUGCCAGGACCUUGUAUGUUAAAACAAACAAGACUCCUGGUCCACCGCCGUCGAUGGCUGUAGAGCUCGCUCUCGGGGCUGUUGCCGGUGCUCUCGCGCAACUCUUCACAAUUCCUGUGGCUGUAGUAACAACGCGCCAGCAAACGGCGCGAGCUGAUGAGCGUAAGGGUCUCUUGGCCACAGCUCGAGAAGUUAUUGAAGGGCCAGACGGCGUGUCCGGAUUAUGGCGUGGGCUCAAGGCCAGCUUGGUGCUCGUUGUCAACCCUGCCAUCACAUACGGAGCAUACGAACGACUCAGGACCGUUUUCUUCGACGGCAAAUCCACUUUACGGCCGUGGGAGGCAUUCCUUCUGGGAGCUCUGUCCAAGGCGUUGGCAACCAUCGCCACCCAGCCUCUGAUCGUCGCCAAAGUUGGUCUGCAAUCAAAGCCUCCACCGACGAGGAAAGGCAAGCCGUUCAAGAGCUUCAUCGAAGUUAUGCAGUUUAUCAUUGAAAACGAAGGACCUCUUUCACUUUUCAAAGGUAUUGGACCUCAGAUUUUCAAAGGCUUUCUCGUUCAGGGUAUUCUGAUGAUGACGAAGGAGAGGGUGGAGCUCUUAUUCGUCUUAUUCCUGCGAUACUUGCAAUCUCUUCGAUCAACUCAGCUACGCAAGGCUUCGGAUAUUGCAUCCUUGGCGGCGCAGCACACUUCUCUUAAUGUUUCGAAGCCACUUGCAACGUCGUAA